GCGGCAAGCCUCACGCGCACCAUCAGAAGUGCAGUAUUGGCCGUUCUUUGCGGUGUCUCACCAUCAGAAGUGCGAGCUGCGAGGAGCGGGGCGCACCGCCUAAAGUUCUAAAUCCCAGCUGCCCAAUAGAUAGAUAGAUAGAUAGCUUUCCAAUUAUAAUUUAUAUAAGUUUGAGUGCGUAGGUUUGGGUGCAGAUAGCAGCGCUUCGCCCAUCCAUUUUUUGCGGGAGCAAGUAUGUGUUCCUUCUUGCGUUUCUGGUAUAUUUCGUCAGCUUGCGCCACUCCUGAUCGAGAGAGGCACACCUGGCGUAUCUGUAGGCGAAGCCUUAUUUUUGUAUAUAUUCGUGUGAUUGUUCUUGUUCUAUCUUCCUCGCAAUAGUGCUUGUCCAUCUCGUUGUGGCUUCUUCUACUUCAUUGCCAUUGGUUCUUUGCGAAAUAAACCCAGUCAAGUUGUAGUCAGGUUCUCGUCAUGAAGAUCUGUUUAUAAAUUAAUUUCUCUUCGAUCCUUGUCUUUCCCGCGACAGAAAAUGAUGAACAUUCGGUCUAUCGCAGCGGAUCGCAGCUCCGGUCCAACGUCCAACCCAACUACUGCUGGAACAAGCAAGCACCACCCUACCGCACCAGGAACAUCAAAGCGGCCGCCGCCAUUACCGAGCAACCCAAGCGCGCCAGGGCAACAAGGCGGACCCGCUCCUGUGCGAGGAGGAGGUGCCAAUUCAUCUGGCACUACGCAGCAGCACAACAUGAUGGAUGCAGAGCAUCAUAAUGUCCUCGGACGAGGAUCAGCAGACAAAGAAGCAUCACAGCAACACCUGUCCUCCGGCCACAGCAAGAGCACCGCCCAUAAUAAAUACGACAAACACCACUUCGAAGUAGAUCCCUUUGCCGAACAGGACGCAGCGAGGCAGCAACUGUUGGAUUCGUUGCUCGGCGGGGGUGGCAGUGGUGUGGAGCAGAAUUUGAUCUCGCCUUGGGCAACUACAACAUCCGCAGCAGGAUCUUCAUCUUCUGCCGGCAAUUCUACUUGUGCAGCAAACGCGACCCACUACUACGAGGACAGGGUCCGGCUGAACCAAUUUCUCGAGUACCUGAACAUGAACGCCAGCUGCGAGGAGGAAAUGUUCCCACUCCACCCGGACUUCGUGCCGAACGGAAAGCUCCCCUUCCAGUACAACCAGUACCGGAAAGGGUACAGCAGCGUGGCGCAGUACAUGAAAGAAAAAGCAGUGAAGGAACAGCAGCAGAGCGCAGCGAAUUUUCAGCCGGGCGGAAUCAGCGAGGGGGGGCGGAAGAAGUGA